GCGCGGGCACGUGAGCAUCCCUCCCGGAGCGCGCGCUCCCGGCCCCCAGCCCCGGAGUGGCUCCCGGCAGGGCUCCGCGCCGCGUCGCAGGCUGAGCAGGCGCAGCGCCGCGGCCUUUCUGCAGCCGAGCGGCGGCGGCGGUCAAGACAAAGAGGCGUGGGCAGGCCGCUGGGCCGGCUGGUGCCAUCGGUGCCAUCAUGGCAGAGAAAGUGAACAACUUCCCACCGUUGCCCAAAUUCAUCCCCCUGAAGCCAUGUUUCUACCAAGACUUUGAGGCAGACAUCCCUCCCCAGCAUCUCAGCAUGACCAAGCGCCUCUACUACCUCUGGAUGUUGAACAGCGUCACGCUGGCCGUGAACCUGGUGGGCUGUCUCGCGUGGCUGAUCGGAGGCGGGGGAGCCACCAACUUUGGCCUCGCCUUUCUCUGGCUCAUCCUCUUCACACCCUGCUCCUACGUCUGCUGGUUUCGGCCCAUUUACAAGGCCUUCAAGACUGACAGCUCCUUCAGCUUCAUGGCAUUCUUCUUUACCUUCAUGGCCCAGCUGGUCAUCAGCAUCAUCCAGGCCGUGGGCAUCCCAGGCUGGGGAGUCUGCGGCUGGAUCGCCACCAUCUCCUUCUUCGGAACAAAUGUUGGCUCAGCAGUGGUGAUGCUCAUUCCCACCAUCAUGUUCACGGUCGUGGCUGUGUUUUCCUUCAUCGCCCUCAGCAUGGUUCAUAAAUUCUACCGGGGCAGUGGGGGAAGUUUCAGCAAAGCUCAGGAGGAGUGGACCACGGGGGCUUGGAAGAACCCACACGUGCAGCAGGCGGCCCAGAACGCAGCCAUGGGGGCGGCCCAGGGGGCCAUGAAUCAGCCGCAGACUCAAUACUCCGCCACCCCCAACUACACAUAUUCCAAUGAGAUGUGAGCCAUCCACGCCUACCAGGAGGGCAGGGCUGGGGGUCAGUGGGCCGGGGACUCAAGCCACAUUGUCUGUUGUGGUAACCAAGCAGGGUUCCUCCCUCCCUUUUCUCCUCCCCACCUUUGUACAAAGAAUCAGAGUUAUAUAUAUAUAACUCCCCCUUCCCCCACUCCUUCGGAUUCUGCUCUCAGCGCCCCGAGAGCUGUGGGCUGCACGUGGAGCUGUCCCGUGCGGUGGUAGCUGUGUCCAUGUCCCCUUGUGAAAUAGUAUGCAGUGGAGGUCUCUGUUGUUGCGGUGCUAGAUGUAUGUUUAGAACUAAACCAGCCCCCACCCUCCACCAGGGUGCCCCCUCUGACCUUGGCCCAGGGACCCCUCAUGAACCAGGGGGAGGCAGAGCAGAAAGCCUGGCUCCUUCCCCAGGGUUAUGAGCUGAAACUGUCUCCACUUUUGAUGUCACUGGGAAGUAACAGUAUUUAGCACUCAUUGGGGUGGGGGGGUCGAUAGGAAGGUGGAGACAGGCUAGGGAUCUUCUUUGCUCUUCCUGAUCUGGUCUCCUCUCUCUUUCUCCUCCCUCCUCUCUUCCUGGUGUCAGAUUCCCUGUGCUUCUUUUCUUGCCCAGGGUCUCUCUCUUCCCCAUGUGGCUUAUCUUUGUCUUCCCCAAGGCUGAGUGUCCCAAUUGUAUCUGCUCCUGAGACUGAGCCCAUUCCCAAACCAAGGAAGUAGACAGGAGCUGAGCCUUAGGCGCCAUGUAGGAGGGCACACAGCUGGAGAUGCACAGCCUACCUGGGUACCCGACUCCCAGAAAGUGGAAAUGCAGGGUCAUCUCAGAGCUUGGCCUGCAGGAGUAGGCUCCUCUCUUCUCUGUCCUGCUUCCCCUCCUUCUCUUCCCAGAGCCCCCUUGAACUUCUCUGCCUGUGUCCCUCCCCAUACCCUCAGCUGCUAGCCUAGCCCCAUCCUAUGCUAAGUGGCAUCUGCCAUCCAUGAGGGCAGAUUCCACUGCCUUCUCUGAAGAGCUGGGUGGUGUCCAGGUAAUGUUCAGGUGUAAAGGUGCAACUGGAGCCAAGGAUAUAUAAAUAAUUAUUGGUCUCUGUGUGAGAUCUGGCUGGCCCAAGCCCACUGGGCAGGUACCAGCUAUCUCUGAAUGACCAUUGGAUUCCUAGGAGCAAAUAGCUGUUCUGCUUGGGUCUGGUAGAGUGGCAGGCUCAGAGGCUGGGAAGAUCGAAGGAGAAGGCAGACGGGGCCCAGUGAGAGGAGAGCAUGCCUCUUCCCACCCCAGCUUGCUUUUGGUCAUGGAGCAGUUCUGGGCAUUUGAACUCAGGCCCCGGAAGAAGCACAUGUCCAGUCCUGUCCACAAGCACAAUGGCUGGAAUGGGAUUUCAGGUUGGAUGGGGUGGGAGUAGAAGCCCUCUGGUUUGAUUUUUUGUUUUCAAAUCAAGAUUGCUUUUUCCCUUCUGCCUAUUAGACUUGUUUUUUGGCCCUUCCUCACCCUGUCAGGACCCCCUUUCCCUUGCAGGAUAGUGAUUUAAGGCCCGUGGGGAUGUUCUGUUCCAAGCAUUGUGAAAAUGUCCCUGGCUCUUUCUGAGUUCUGGAGGGAGUGGAUUCUCACCCAAGGAGCAGCUGCCUAUUUUCCAUCCUCCCAUCUCCUGCCUGGGCUAUUUGGCCUGCAAAAUGUAGCCAACCCAGCUUGGUCACUCUGGGCUGGCUCCAGCUUGGAACCCAACAUCUGGGCUUCCAGGUGCCAUCCUGAGCUUAGAGCUCCAGGCACUUCAUUUUCCUGUAAGGGGAGCCAAGACCUCUGAAAAGUUAUCUUCCUAAUGGUCCCUUAGGCUUGGGCCAGAAUAUGAUUGGCUCUCUGCCCUACCAUUUUCUCUCCAGAAAGCAGGUGUCACAGCCUCUAGUACCUAAGAAGAGACCCAAGGUCUAGGUUUUCUUCGCCUUUCCUCUCCCCUGCCCUAGACCUCUGGCUCCCUUUCUCUUAGUCUCUCUGGUAGCCCCAGGAGGCCUGUGGUAGAUCUCAUCCCUGUUGGAUGCCACCUGCAGUCAAUUUCCUGUCCCACCUGCCUCUCUUCUUUCCUGGCCCAGACCUAUAUGGCCAUGCCUUGGCUCUGUUCUUGGGAAGGCCUGCUACCUGUGUGGUGGCCUAGCUGGUCCAGGCCCUGGGAUGCUGCAUCUCCAGGCAACUAUGCACUUUCCUAGGGAGGGAACUAGUAUGAGAUAUGGGGGCUAGGCAUGAAUUCAUCUCUGCUGGAUGGUCUGGGUUGGGGGUGUGGUGGAGGAAGGCCCAGGUCAGUUCUGGGAAUCCUCAGGUCUGGCCAGCCAGUGAUCUGCUUUGCAUUUUACUGGUGCCUACUGCUCCUCCUUGUUUCUGGGAGACACAGACCAUUGUCCAACUGGCAGUUGACCUGCCUGAGCUAAUGUCUGUCUGUGGUAACUAAGUGAACCAUAAUAAAGGGGAACAUUUGGCCCUGUG